GAUCUUUGAGAAUGAAGGUUUAUACCCUCUCUUAUAAUCGAAUAAACUUAAAUUGGGACAUUUAACUUUCAAUCGGGCUAGCUGUACACAGGGCUGCAGUACAUGCAGUAGGCUAGCUAGUAUACGCUAUAUAUAUAUUGUAAGCCUAUAGUGAAUAAUAAUAUAGUCAGCUGUGUUACGUCUUACGAUCUUGAACUUGUACAAGCCUAAGAUACGCUUUGUUACACUAUUAUGAGUAUUAUGCUAUAGCCUGCCCUGAGAAGACUUGAUUAUGGAAGGAUCUGAACUCAUUAAUAGACCAUUCUUGGACCUGCAUGGAGCUAAUGAACUCCUUACCAAGCUUUAUAAUAUCCAAGCUUCAAACCUAGAAGAACUGAAAAGUUUUACAGACCAAAAUUUCUACAUCGGAUUAGAAAGUCCCAUCGAUAUAGACUGUGGCAGUGGGGAUGAGAAAUGUGAUCAGUUCAUUCUAAAGUUGUACAACUCCAAAGAUUCUGCAGAUGGAAACAGGGUGGAGUUGGCGGUCAACACCAUGGCAUUCCUGUCCAAUAAAGAGUUUUGCUGCCCUCGCCCAGUCCGUAAUAUAUAUGGCAAACUUGUUCAUCUUGAGGCUAUCUCUUGUAAUGACGGAAAUGGAAAGGGUUUUGUUGGAAAACAUGGUGUGUAUAUGGUAACUCUUUUGUCAUUCUUGCCUGGUCAACCUCUUGGGUCAUUGAACACUCUUCCAGAUGAGAUCUUGGUAGAUAUUGGCAAAAAACUUGCUCACCUGCACAAGAUUUUAGAGGAAUUUCAAGAUUACAACCAUAACAAACCAACUACCUUCUGUAGUGGAGAGUGGUCACUUGAGAAAGUGAUUGGUCAAAGACAUCUGCUGGAUCUAGUGGACGAUAAUUUGCUGAGAGAUGCUAUAACGAAAACUAUUGAUCUCUAUGAGGAACAUGUUGAACCCAUUUGUCAUCUUUUCAAGAAAGGGAUCAUUCAUGGAGACUUUAAUGAGGAUAACAUAAUCAUCUCAAAGGAACCCAUCCCUAACCAGUCUUCUAAGAAGUUCAUUGUGUCUGGAAUCAUCGACUUUGGUGAAGUCGAGUACUCCUGUCUCAUCUUUGACAUUGCCGUGGCAUUAUCAGAACUUGUUGUGACCUACGGGAUGUCUGCUCCUAGGCAUUUCCUUGAAGGGUACCUCUCAAAGAAAAAUAUACCCAACACUGAGAAAAAUUUGUUGUAUUACCUGGUGUUAGUGAGGUAUGCACAGCGUAUCAUGCUCAGUCUGGAAGCGAAGCAGAGAGAUCCGUUAAAUGAGUACAUCAUGAAGGAUUGUGAAACUUGUGCAGGUCUACUUAGGAAACUGCUUCAUAUGGAAAAGAAUGAUGUGUAUACCAUGUGGAAUAUUUAGUCAGCUUGUAAGAUUUGAAGCAUAUUGAACCAAGCUUUUCUUUUAGCCUACCAAAACUCUGAAUCAUAAUAUUUUAUUCACUUUGGAUGAUUUUUUUUUCUUUAAGGAGUUGCAGUCUACUAGCAUUCCAGAAGCAGAAAUAGUUAUGAACCAAAAUUUGAAUUGAGUUCACUUGAUAUUAUUGCAACUUUCAUUUAAUCUUUUUGUAUAAUACGAUUUUCUUUGACAAAACGGGUCAAAUUUUUUCUUAUAUAUAAAUAUUUCAUUAUAGUCAGAGCUAUUGCACAAGAACUUCUUAUGUAGUCAUCAUUUUUGUCUCGCCUGCAUAGCAGAGCGAGACUAAAGGCGCCGCUUUCCGACGGCGACGGUGGCGUUGUCAACAUUGAAGGUUAAGUUUAAGAAAUGUCAUCAUAACUUAGCAAGUAUAUGGCCCUUGUUCAUGAAACUUGGACAUAAGGAUAAUAAAGUAUUACUGAAUAUCCUGCCUGAGUUUCAGGUCACAUGACCAAGGUCAAAGGUCAUUUAGGGUCAAUGAACUUAGACCAUGUUGGGGGAAUCAAUAUCGAAAUCGUAACCAAGGUUAAGUUUUUGAAAUAUUGUCAUAACUUCAAAAGUAUAUGGACCUAGUUCAUAAAACUUAGAUGUAAGGGUAAUAGUGUAUCACUGAAUAUCCUGCCUGAGUUUCCUGUCACAUGAUUAAGGUCAAAGGUCACUUAGGGUCAACAAACUUUGGCCAUGUUGGAGUUAUAUUAGGAAUUGUCAUCAUAACUUUAAAAGUUUAUGGAUCUAGUUCAUUAAAACUUGGACAUAAGACAAACCAUAUAUCCCUGAAUAUCAUGAACGAGUUUCAGGUCACAUGACCAAGGUCAAAGGUCACUUAGGGUCAACGAACUUUGGCCAUAUUGGGGGUAUUUGAGGAAUUGUCAUCAUAACUUUGAAAUUUUAUGGAUCUAGUUCAUGAAACUUGGACAUAAGAGUAAUCAAGUAUCCUUGAACAUCCUGUGCUAGUUUCAGGUCACAUGAUUAAGUCAAAGGUUAUUAAGAGUCAACAAACUGUGGUAAUGUUGGGGGUAUUUGUGGAAUUAUCAUCAUAACUUUAAAAGUCUAUGGAUUUAGUUCAUGAAACUUGGACAUAAGAGCAGCAGUGUAUCCCUGAAUACCUUGUGUGUGUUUCAGGAUUAUGGCCAAGAUCAAAGGUCAUUUAAAGGUCAAUGAACUCUGGCCUUGUUGGGAGUAUGUGUUGAAUUGGCAUCAUAACUUAGGAAGUUUAUGGUACUUGCUCAUGAAACAUCGACAUAAGGGUGAUCAAGUAUGAAUUAUUGUUUUGCACAUGUCUUAGUUCACAUGAUCAUGGUCAAAGGUCAUUUUGAGUCAAUGGACAUAAUAUUUUAUUAUAUCAGUGUUUUCUUCUAUGAAUAAUUAUUCAUUAGCUGUUUUUCAAAGGAAGCACUGCUGCUAUAUCGAAUUGCGUAAUGCAGGCGAGACUGCCAGAGGCGUUCCACUUGUUCAUUGAUAGACCAAAUAAUUUUUUUUUUGUCCUAGGUUUCUUAGGUAAUAUCUUUUUUGCUCAAAUAGUCUCUGAAACUGAAUGUUUAUUACAUAUUAUGUCUAAAGUAUUUAGAAAAUAAUCAUAGGCUUCUAUUAUUCAAUAACAAAACAUCAGUAAACUCAACAGACGUUUAACUCUUCCUUUAUUGCAUGGACUUUAAGCUUUUGGUAGUGAAUUUUGUUCUGCGGUAGAAUGCGAAUCACUGGACUGUGUACUCUGGAAGACGGGGAAAAUGGUCAUCGGUAUACAGUAGCCAGAAUUAAUGGGAUUUAGGAAUUCAUUUGUAUAUAUAUUAUCAAUACACAUACAUGACCUUGUUGUCACUCUAGUAGGUUUGGUAAUCAGAGGUAUGAAGUUAUAAGAAAGGAAUGUAUAUUUAAAAAUAACCGAGUAUUGUCCUUUGACGAGUGCUUAAGAAGGUCAAAAUUGAAAUCACAUGUUGUAUAACAUCGUUUAUUUUCUGAUAUUAUUUUUUGUAAACAUUGGGUAAUUAAGUCAAUGAAGACAUCUGAAUUCAGGUGCUUUGUAUAUAACUCUUAUAAUACGGAGGCUACCUUUCACAACUGAUUGCCUAGGUCUACAAGAUUAUUUUUCAGGCUAUUUAGACCACUUCGGUGGCGAAAUCGUCCCAAACCUCUUCAAACCUGUUUGUGCUGAUAUUGAUUGAUUUAUUGUAAAUUGUUGGUCCGAAGCCUUGACUAUGCAGGCACGUGUUCUAAAUUCUAUAAUUUUCCAUGAAAAAUAGUACACUUUAGGUGAUGCUAGGUGAAUUUAUGAGAGUUUGUUCACAGAUAGAUGGAGAAUGUGUUUUAAUAUAGGUAUUGGGUGUGGUAAUAUGGCACCCUCAAUGCUUCACAAUUCAUAGGCAAUGAAGUAUCCAGUUUGUCUCAUUACAGGUCAGUGGGAAAAGAUUAAUUGGGGACAUGUUAAAGCCAAUGCUCCACUAGGGUAAAAAAAAAUCUGGAAAGUAUGGUGUCAUUGAGCAAUUAGCCAUUGAUUUUCACUGAUUCAUCUGCCUUUAGCAAUCAGAUUCAAGGAUUUUAGUGACUUAAAGUAUUUGUCAGUGAAAAUUGCUGACUUGUAUGCAUAUGCUCUCAGGAAUCAUAUAUAUAUAGAUAGAUACAAAUAGAUGCAAGUAGAGACCACAUCAUUUCUGGCAAGUUGUUCAAAUUUAUUGCCAAAUAGUUUGUGUGACUAAAAAUAUAUUUUUGUAUUAAAAAUCUUCUAACACUGAUCAGUACUAUAAUUUCACCUGUUUGUCUCACCUGAACCAAGUUACAUGAAGGCAGAGACCUAGUAAUCACUUUUUCUGUUGGUCUGUUGAUCUGUUACAAAAAGUUUUUGCUCAAUUUGCUCUCAUUUCUUUAUUUCUGCAUCAAUUAUGUUCACCCUUCAUAUAUAUGAUCCUUGAGUAAACAUUCUUUUUUUUGUUUUAAGUUUCAGAUAUGUAACUGAUAUAUUUAUUAUAAGAUAAGUGUUCAAAUGGCCUUUUGAAACAAAAAUAUAAACAUUACAUAGAUGUUUCUUACAUCCUCAAAUGUAUUUCUGUGUAAAAGAAGUAAUGAAUGCAGAAAACAUUUAUUAUUCAUUAUACUUUUUUAAGAUUGGAAUGUUAGAUGAUAAUUUGCAUUAUUACACCUACAAGCCACUUUUUUAUAAUACAAUGAAACCUUUUAUUAUCCUUUCAGAUGUUUGCUUGCUGCAUACCUGUCCUAUGUAUUUUACGUUAUCUGUACCAAUGAAGAAAAAAAGAGUGCAAUAUUAUUAAUAUUCAACUCUGUGAGGCCGUUAUCCAAUCAAGGAGAGGUGAUAUCUCCUUGAUCCAACUCUUAUCUUUCCUCAUAUGCAUGUUCAGUCUUGCACAAAAAAGUGUUUUCACAUGGAUAUUUAUUUUGUGAUACAUCAGGUAUAUUGCAUUCAUAUCGCAUUCUUUUUUCAGCUCGUGCUAUGUUUAUACUGAUGAAUGCAAUGUUCAAGUUCAAGGUCAUUUAUUUCAUUCACCAUAAAAACAUGUGUACAUAAACAAGAGAAUUAUCAGAAACAAUUAAAGGUAAAAAGACAAUACAACUACAUAACAAACAGUUUUACGGGUUUUUUUUCUCCAAAAAAUAGCUAGAAGCCUGUAUUUGAUAUACCCCUCAAUUGCAUUCAAUAUACAGUUAUUGAAUUUUAACCAAAGUUUUAUUCAUGCUUUUAAAUCAUAAAUAAGGAUUUCUAUUAUGACUUGUGACAUAUAAUUAUUUUGUAUUAAAAUAAAAAACUGUAUUUCAAUGAAAAGAAAAGUUUGUUGAUUUUUUUUAUAUAUUGCAUGAAUUCUGGCUUAUGGUAAUAUAAAAAAAACAAAGUAUGUGCAUUUCCUUUAUUUUGAACUCUGAAGGGUUUACUUGAAGUCAUUAAAAGAGACAAAGUUGACUUGCUAUAUAAGCAACUCGUCAUCUAGUUUUACAUCACUGA